UUUUGAAGACAGAUAUUUGUCCUUUAUUGGAUACCGUACACCAGAGCUCGGUAAAAGUAGCUGAUUGGCUGCUGUUCUCACAGCCAAAACACAACAGAAAUUAUUCUAGCUACGAACGUGAAGUACAGACAGAAUCAUGAGUCUCAGAAAGCAGACCCCCAGUGACUUUCUGAAGCAGAUCAUUGGCAGACCAGUUGUGGUCAAGCUCAACUCUGGAGUGGAUUACAGAGGUGUCCUAGCCUGUCUGGAUGGCUAUAUGAACAUUGCAGUGGAGCAGACAGAGGAGUAUGUCAAUGGCCAGCUGAAGAACAAGUAUGGUGACGCCUUCCUGAGAGGAAACAAUGUGUUAUACAUCAGCACCCAGAAGAGGAAGAUGUGAUGCAGAGGAUUUGUCCCUUUUUUAAUUUGUAUUAUCCCGGACGUUGUUCCAGUUGAUUAUGUUAUAUGAGAACAUUGUUUUUCCUAUUGUUUAAUGUCUCUGAGCUGAAUAGUGUUUAGUUUUUUGUAAAAAGGAGAACAAUCCAAUAAAUGUUUUUGGAAGUUUAA